AUGGCGAGCUACAACACUCCGCCCGGUGGCAACGACCCAAACACGCCAAACAGCCACGGCCACCUGCAGUCCAUGUACGGCCGUUUGCACGCUGCCCGCAACGCCCAGAGCGAAGAUUCAGCUGCUGCCCAUGACCUGUUGUCUCGUUUCUACAACAAUAACAACAGCAAUCAACCUCAGGGAAACAGACACCAGUCGUACUACGGCCAGCUUGCCACUGGUGCUGAUUCGCCUCUGACUGGGCUGGACGACUUCCCACCUCCUGCCCCGACUCCGCCCAGCAACUUUGGUCACUCCCACCACCCUCCUUCCAUGAUGUCUGGUUUGGCUCCCAUCGGUACCAUGCCUUCCGACGCCGCGAGCAAGGCCGAUCAGAGCGCCAAUCUCCUGAAUCUUCUCAAGUUCAAGGGCGCUCAGAGUCACCAGAGUCAGAACCUGCAGGCCAACUCACAGGGUUCACCCUCCAGUCAUGCCAGUUAUGGUCACAGUCAGGGCCACGGUCAUGCACACGCCCCGUCAUUCGACUCGUCCUCCAAUGGACCGCCUGCCAACCACCCUCUGCCUUCGAUCCAUGCCCCGAUUCCUAUGCCUGCCGAUCCUCAAGGCCUGCUCGCUACUCUUAUGAAGGGAAACAUGCACAACGAGGCUUCGGCCGCGCGGGCGGAACCGCAGGUACAGUCGACUGAACGAGACAACUGGAACGCUGGUCCCCCGAUGGACACCCAGCAAUACCUUCUCAAUCUACUGCAUCGCCCGAAGCCUGCGCAGAGUGACCAGCCGACCACCCACGAGCAGUCACAGCCUACAACCCUGACUCCGCAAUCAACCAACGGCUCCAUGGCAGACUACCCUAGAGAGUAUGCUCUCAAGCAGACUCGAGGCGAGAGUGAUUCGCAUGAAUCGACACCUCUACCCUACAAGUUCGGAGCGAAAGAGUACACUGAGUCUCCCCCGGCCAAGUUCGAGUACGAAUCACCAUCGUCUCAGCAUACCCAGCGUGACACUAGCCGGAAGCCCACCCGAUUUGACUACACCAACCCUUUCGACGAAUUUGCUACGUUGUCACCGCAACUCAAGGCGUCCAAGUCUUCGACACCCGGUACAUCUGCUCCUGUGCCUACCAUGCCUACCGAGCUGCCUGCGGCUACCGCUUUCAAGGUCGUCCAGAAGACUCCCAGUGCGAAUUCUCCAGAACCCCCGCCCGACAACAAACGACGACGAAUCAAUGGCACGCGUUCUGAAACCGAGCCGCUACAAGACUCGCCCACCGCUGCUAGCACACCCACCGAUGGCGUGCAUGAUAGAAACAAGGAGACUGUGUCGGAGGCCAUGACGGAUCUCGCCGAGAAAGCAGAUAUGGAGGCCCAAGAAGCGCUCGCACGGGCAGAGCAAGAAGAGGUACGAGCCAUCAUUGCCGAAGAACUGCAAGAUAUGAUGGGGGCCAAGACUGACGCCGAAUUCCAGGAUUUGGCCGAAGCUGCGGCGAGAGACAUCAAGAAAGAGCUCGACAAGGAAGAGAAUGCUCUAGUGCUCGAAGAGCAAUAUUCUCCCGAGGUUGCUCAAGCUAUUCGCGAUAUUGUCGACGAUACCGCUGCUCAUGGUCCGGUCGCUGACAGUUGGGAGAGCGCCGAAGCCGACGAGAUCGUUGUUAUCGAGGAUGCCCCCGACCCCAUCAUCAAAGUCUACAACUUCCCCAUGAAGCCGUGGAUCUCGAUCACCAUGCAAGACGCGGAUGAGCCCCGUCCUCAAUUCCGCGAUGACGUCAUUACCGACAUCGCCAGGCUGAAGAAGGACUUCGACCAGAUCGAUAGGAAUCUUGUUUCUGCAACCGAGCUUUACAUAGCCUACGGCAUGUCGAAGGCAGGUGGACUCCGUGUCAUCCGCCAGGAAGAUGGGAAGGACGCGAAACUUUUCACGGAUACGAAGGAUAGAGUCUUCAAUGUCGCCGUGUCCAAUACCCCUGCUGAUGCCAACUCCACCCCGAUGGAAUGCAUCAUCGGUACCGGCAUUAGUGGCACCGUAUACUAUGUCCAGAUCAAGAGUGGCGACAAGGACCACUUGGAUGAUCCGCAUUCUGAGCAAUACGGAUUUGCUCUGCCCCCGAUCAGUACGCAGGAAGGCGAUGCACCUGGAGGUGUUUUGAAGACCCGAGCCAGAACUUCGGCUACCCACCCUGAGUAUUUUGCGGUUGGUCGUGGAAAAACGAUUAGCAUCAUCUGGCCCGCAUUCGUCAUGCAGAAGAACAUCUUCAAGCCUGGCCAUGACCGAGUAGUCGACACGGAAAAGCUUUCCCGGGAGUGCGCACUCCGCAUUAACACUGGGAAGGCUGGGAAGGAUUUCACGUUCAGUCAAGAUGACACCACUAUUGUUUCUCUGGACAAGUCUGGUCGCGUCAAGUUCUGGGAUGUGCGCGACCUGACUGCGGCUGACGAAAACUCCGACUUCCGCUUCCCCAUGCCUGCCCACACGUCCCUGGAGGUCAAGGAACCCCUGAUGACCCUCAAUACCACCCCCGAGGGCGAGAAGGCGUGGCCAACCUCUGUGUUACUGCUGGAUAAGCAACGGCCUUACCAGAAGCGAUGUGCCCUACGCUACAUGAUCGUGGGCAUGAAGCAGAACCACACUCUCCAAUUGUGGGAUCUGGCAUUGGGCAAGCCUGUGCAGGAGUUCAACCUGCCCCACUCGAAGGAGUCGGAUGCUGUUUGCAGCGUCAUGUAUCAUCCUCAAACGGGCAUCAUCGUCGUCGGCCACCCUACGCGCAACUCGAUCUACUUUCUUCAUCUGUCGGCCCCGAAGUACACAGUUAAGGGUUUGUCUCAGGUCGAUUUCAUCCAGAAAUUGGUUGCCAAAGACUCGUCCAUUCCUGAGCCAGAUUCCACCGCGGUCAUUAGUGGUGUACGGGAGUAUUCUUUCGCCAACAAAGGCGCUCUCAGGAGUCUGGACCUCUUGGUCACCCCAACCUCGUCGAACAUCGAUGAGCCAUCACUCUUCGAUCUGUACGCGAUGCAUUCGAAGGGUGUCACGUCGUUUGCCGUGAAGCAAAGCGAGCUGGGGUGGUCCAAGGAUAAUAAGGUUAUCAAUGGGGUCGACGCCAUCGAGAUCGGCUUGGUGAAGAUGACAAAGCUAAAGGAGUUGCCCAGUACUGUGGUCUCCGAGCCUCCUGCCACUGAAGAGACAGCACUGCCUAUUCGGAUCGCUGCCAGACCCUCUUUGAAGGAGAACACACCUCCGCAAUCUACCUCUACAUUUGGCUUCGAGUCAUCCAAGAAAGGUGCCGAAACUAUUCAGCCAAGCGCACAUAAUGAGCGCAAGGAAGUUGAUGCUCCCGUCACUCCGAUCAACCAGCUCGAUAAGUCCGAGAAGAAAGCAAGGAAGAAGCGCGAGAAGGCCGCCGCUGCCGCCGCCGCCGCGGAGAAGCUCGCUGUGGAGAACACUCUGUCCAACGUUGGCGCUCACUCUCCACGGGUCGGUCCAGUGUCUUCGAAAGGCGUUGACUCGAAGACCUCCUCGAUGCCCCCUGCAGCACCGACAGUGUCGGUCGAGUCUAUCCAAUCUGCUGUCCAACAAAUAUCAUCCGGUCUCGGGGAGAAGUUGACGGGGAUUCUCUCCGAGUUCACGGAUUAUCGGGGCAAGGUCGAGACUGAAUUCCGCAGUCGUGAAAACACCUUCGCUACAAGUCAGAAAGAGCUGCUUGAACUGGUAUCGACCGUUCUGAACGAGAACGUGCAAACCGUGCUCGCCAGAACCAUCAGCGAUCAGUUCGACGAUGUUGUCUUGCCACACAUGAGCAACCUUAUUACCAAGACGAUUGAAACUCAGAUUGAUGGCAAGAUCGGUGGAAAGGUUUCUCAUUCCAUUCAGAAUCAGAUGCAGAAGUCACUGCCCAACGCUGUGUCUCAGGCACUGCAGAAAUCGGACCUUCCCAAGGCUAUUUGUGACAAGCUCGUGGACAGUGUUGCUAUCGACAUGGAAGAGACUUUCCGUGAGACGCUCAUGACCGCCAUUACUCCCAUCUUCAGCGAUAUGGCUGUCGCCGCGUCUCGAGAUAUCGUAAAGGACGUCCAGCAUCGAAACACCGAGCAGAUCGGGCAGCUUGAACAGCGACACAUCGCAGAUGCUCACAAGAUAGAUCAGCUUACGAUCCUCGUUGCGAACUUGUCUGACACGGUCAACACUAUGGCCUCGAACCAGGCGCUGUUACAGGAUAGCCUUCUCAGAAUCCAGCAGCAGAUUUCGCAGCAGGAUCGUGUCUCUACAAGACAACCCCAGCCCAGUCACGCACAUUCCCUACAAACUCAGCAGAGUCGCGCUACUCAGGCGGUCUCAUAUGGAAGCCCUGCAGCAAGUUCGACCAACCAGCUGGUCCCCUUCCCGGGCAGCUAUCAGGGUAGUCAUCAGGGCAGUCAUUCGGGCAGUAAGGAUGCCGAACUUGAGCAUAUGAUUGCCAGCGUUGCAUCCUUCAUGGAGCGCGGCGAAUUCGAGACUGGUCUGGUCCGUUGGAUCCAGCUCCCCCGCAAGCACGAUGUAUUUGACCAGUACAUGGUCAAGUACAACCCGGAGUUCAUGCAGGAGAUGCCCGCUUUGGUGUCACUUUCGGUGGCGUCUGUUAUAGCCGAACAGCUGGACGGGCCUCUUCUGCGCGAGAAAGUCGGCUGGGUCGAGGUUGUAUUGAGCAGUCUACAUGCCGCACUACCGCGUAUCAAUGUCGGUGCUCCUCCCGUUUCUAUAGACGAUGCCAGACUAAACUCCCUGCAGGAUGCGCAGGUUCGUGAUGUUGUCCCUAACAUCAUGGGCACAUUCCUCGAGCGAAUCGAAAAGCUCUUCAUGCGGAUCAGCAGCCGCUCACCUACGGAUCCCGUCCUGCCGCAUCUGUCUGCGAUGACUCACAUGGCAACCCGAAUCCGGGAUUUCUCUCGUAACGCAGGCUACUAA